AUGGUGGAGGGUCCCAUCACUCUUAGUUAUUUCUUAUCCACAGCAACCAUGAUCUACGCCCAACACCUAACACAAUGGAUGCUAGACAUGACAUGGUAUGUAUUCUCUUUCGCUCCGGGCACUGUUUUCUACCUAAUGGGAGGAAGUUAUAUUACAAGAAGAUGGUACUUCUCUAAGUUUGAAGAUUUUCCUAGGGAUGUCAAGUGAUGUUUUGAAUACCGUACCGGAUGUCGUACCUGUCAAGGCACUGGAACGAAAUAUUUCGAUACCAGUACCGUUUCGUGUACC